GCCUUUGGGAUUUGUCCCCGUCGAGCCAAUCAGGAGGCACGCUGGACGACGCGCGGCGCACGGCGGGAAGGUUGCGAUUGGAAGGGAUGGUUGUGUCAGGGACGCGCGGGCAUUCGGGGAGGUAGUCGUAUUAUACCGUGUGGAACAGGGAGGCAGCUAGCAGCAACGGCAGUAGCAGCAGCAUCAUCGAUAGCGGCUACGGCGGCGGAUAACUAUUAUCGCGAGCUCAUACUAGCUCUCGUAGCUAAGCCAACGAAUUUCGCGGGGUGUUGUCGCUCGGUAAGAAACGGUGAUUCGUGAAAAGUGAAAACACUUCGAGCGAGCGAACGACACGCCGUUGGCAUCGUGCGCUGCGACGGACAAACGUAGUGGUGGUGGUGCGAGUUGGGUACACAUAUACACGUGUACGUUCACAUACACGCGCAGGCAGCCGAAGCAUAUAUAUAUAGGUGUGACUGCGCAGUCGCCAUGUGAGUACCUGAUAAAAGGUGCGGCAUAAUGAGAAGAUUGAAAUUGGCAUGAAUGUGAACGUUUAUUUGUAAAAUGGCAAAGAAAAAGAGCUACGUGCAGUUGAAUACUGUCUACUCGUUACUCUGAGAGAACGUCUAAUUUGAUUGCGACGCAAGGGUAUAAGGAAACAUGACAGAUGUCAAGCAGAUGGGAAUUUCGCCAUCGCAACCGCAACAACAAUCGCAAUCGCAACAGUCGCAGCAACAAGCGCAACAGCAGCAAAUAAUGAUCGCAACUCAUGACCUACAGCAGCAGCAGAAUGUCCAGCAGUCGCAGCAACAGCAUGUACAGCAGUCGCAGCAGCCUCAGCAGGUCCAGCAACAAGCCCAAGUGCAGCAGCAGCAGGUUCAGCCGCAGCAGCAGAUGCAGCCGCAAGUUCAGUCGCAACAGCAGCUGCAAGUCCAGCAAGUGCAACAGCAGGUUCAGCAGCAGCAGCAGCAGCAGCAGCAGUCGCAGCAGCAACAGCCACAGCAGCAAAAUAACGGACCUCACAGUGUUGUUCCUACUCAGGUUCAAGUGCAGCCGCAGGUAGCUGCCAGCAUGCCCCAACAAUUACAGGGAGCUGUUGCAGUGUCGAUGCAGCAUCAUCAGCAGCAACAGGGAGGUGUGUCCAUGACGUUAUCUGGUCAACAAGGCGCAACUACCAUAACUACGAUGGCUGCACAUCCGCAAGCGGUCCAAGUGAUUCAACAACCAAUUCAAAGUCAAGCUUAUCAUUUACAACAAUUGUAUAAUACUCAAGGCACACCUUUAUUGAUGCCAGGAAAUCUUGCGCUCCAUCCAGCAGGCAUAAAUCCCUCUUCUAUUCAGGUGAUAACAGCUGGAAAACCGUUUCAGUCUGCAACUCAAUUAACUCCUCAUAUGUUGGCUACGACAACGACACCUGGACAAGGAGGUCAUUCAGUUGCCGGUGGCACCAAAGUCCCGGGAUUUCCGGCCGGCUAUUUACCCGUUCCCACGUCCGCUAAUCCUGGUGCUGGCCAGACGCUAGUAUUCGGUCAGCUCGGUGUAAUAAAUUCUCCACCACCAUCACUGCAGCAGCAGCAACAACAGCAGCAAUCCACGAAUAAACAAGAUCAAGUACAAAAGUAUACAGCGUGCACCACUGGGACACCUUCAGGCGGAAGAGCUGGUGGUAUGCAGUUUGCACCUUGGCAAUUUCCUCAAGUAUGGGCCACCGGAUUGCAACAGCCGACUCUGCUGACUGCCGCGCCUAAUCAAAUAUUCAUUCGCGGCCCCGCACAAACUGAUAUGUUUAUACAAAGUCCACAGCCGAUACAAGCACACAAUGCUCUCGCAACACAACAACAGAUACAAGGUGUGCAACAAAUAACAGCAACUGGUGGAAAACCUACGAAAGUGAUGGAAAUUCAGCAACAACAGUCUCAGCAGGGUAAAUCGAAUACGAGUGGGCAGCGGCCGUUGAGUAUUUUACCAUCGUUGCAAGGCACCAACGUACGAGCCGCCAGUUCCGUCUCCACACAGACAGUUUAUGGAGUACAGCCUUCACAGGUUGCACAAACACAGGGUAAGGGUAACAGCAAUACCGGGAAAGGCCGUGGCAAGCCAAUACAAUCUCCGCAACAACAGCAACAGCAGCAGCAACAACAGCAGCAACAGCAAGCCCAACCAACAAUGCUACAGCAUCAGCCAGUCUUCAUACAGAAGCAGCCUACGCAGCAGCAACAGCAGCAGUUGCCACAGCAGUACCAACAAGUGCAAUCCUCCCAAAUACAGACUAAGCCUAUCAUGACGAAUAUGACGUUGCAACAACCACCACCUGGCGUUGUCUUAGGAGCGGAUCGUUCCAUUAUGCCGGUAGUCUCGGUGGGCGGAGUUGGAGUUGGGGUCGCCGCUACAUCGCAAAUAAAUUCAAUGUCGCAACCUCCGAUGUCGACUAUGCAGCAACUUCCUUUACCGGCCAUCAACCCAACGAUUAUUGGUAAUCAAAUAAUAAGCGGUGCGUCGCAGGUUCAGGCGAUGCCGAUUGUGAGUGCGACGCAGGAUCAGCCAACGCCCGAUAAUACGAACUCGACAAUAAUGAUUACAUCGCCGGACCGUAAUCCGCAGGCUGAGUGCUCUCUGAUAUUGUCGUCUACCACGAAUCCCCCGUUAAUAACUGACGAUAGCAUGAAAUUAGCUGCAAAGAAGGAUGAAGUGCCUGUCACUACGGAAGAUAUCACUACGGCAGCACCGCAGUCGGAAAUAACGGAUGGAGACCAAAGUAAAACGAUAGCGAAAGACGAUGAAACGAAUGCUCCAAAAGUGGACGAGAAACAGUGCAAUAACCCGUUAGCAGGGCUUGCCAAUACAGUAAACGCGAUUACGAAUGGUGUAGUCGGUGAUGAGUCACAGAUUAUACCGAUCGCAACAGUCAUAGUGAAUAAUAAACAAGCGCCGCCUAAAGCCAUGGUAAAACCGCAGGUCCUUACGCAUGUGAUAGAAGGAUUUGUGAUACAAGAAGCGUCAGAGCCGUUUGCUGUGAGUCAGGAAACUACGAAUAUCCUUAAUCGAAGUAACGCAGUCGAGAUAAACGAAGAGCCCCCGAAAAAGAAAAUUUGUGUUAAUUAUUCCAACGAAGACGAUGGAACUGGUGAUCAGGACAGUAAAUGCGAAAACUGCGGUAAUACGAUCGACGAACAGAACGUCAAGUUGAAGAAAGAAAAGCGAUUCUGCUCAUCGAUGUGUGCGAAGAGUAAAAAACGUGAAACACGAGAGCGCGAUGCUACGGAGAAACAGUGGACUGAAAUAGAGACUGAAACUAAAACUAUCGAUAACGACAUAAUGAAGAAGAAUGGCGAGGAGAAAGCUUUGUCUACGAGUACCACAUCCUCCAUCGACGAAUCACUGCCGAAAGUGAACCCGGUUAAAUGGACGGUGGGUGAAGUAUGCGAAUUCAUACGCGGUCUACCGGGCUGCUCCGAUUACGCAGAAGACUUCGCCAUCCAGGAAAUUGAUGGCCAAGCUCUUAUGUUGCUGAAGGAAGAUCAUCUCAUGUCAGCGAUGAGUAUCAAAUUGGGCCCGGCAUUAAAAAUCGUCGCCAGGAUUGAUUCAAUGCGCGUAGAAUCGAACUCGAAUUCUUCGUCGAAUAAUUCAUAACCAUCUACCUAUCAGUAGCGGAUUCCUGAAGUUUUCAAAACGUUUCUAGCCUAUGGGCUACAGGGUUUGUGCAAGUAUUUGAUUGAUUGUAAAUGUAUAGGAUUAUGUAUGACUUAAUUACGCGAGAUGUCUGUAUAAAUAUUACGGACGAUACUGAUAUAUUUUGAAAAACUUUAACAUUUGCUUGAUGGCUUAUCUCUUGAACAAGUUUAAUUUUAAUUUUUUAAUUUAGUUUUUAUUAAGCAAAUUUUGAAAGAGAUCAAGCAAUAUUUUUCUUUCAAGCGUAAACUAUUAAUUGGUAUUAUUUUAUGACGAAUUAAAGCCGAGGAUACUUGUAUACUAUGCGUAUGGGGGAUACUCGUGAAUAUGAUAAUAGUCCUUUGAAACAAAUUGUUCAACAAAAAGUUGAUCUUUAAAAUUUCCUCAAAAUUUGCGCUAUUCAAUAGUAUCAUCCAUACGGUAUUUAUAAUUUAAUUUUUAACAUAAUUGGUUUGAUAACUAAAUAAAUUUAAAGAUAUGCCGUAUCCUUUUUUUUGUAAUUCUUUUACGAUUAUAUUGUCGAAUAUAUGUUUAUUUUAUGUACAAAAACCUGACUUAGGUGAAAAUAUUGUACUCUCGAGAUACUAAUGUUACAUUAAACGCGUGGAAUUUGUUCAGUUAUAGCGUAUUUCGGGCUUGACACUGAUGUUCAAAGAUAUGUAUAUAUAAUAUAAUAAUAGUCGUACAAUCUAUUGAGUGAUUUUAUUGAUCUUAAUGAUCAAUAAAACGUUUGUGAAGUGUUUUAUUUGACACAUAUAUACAAUGUCUGUAUAAACAUUUUCUCGAAGUGCACUAUUUUGUGAAGCUGGAACUGUCAAAGAAUAGAGUACAAAUUGUCCAUUAUACAAGAACAUACAUAUAAAAUUGUAUAUACAUGUAAAACGAUACAGCACGCUGUAUUUUGUACUCAAGAGUAAAUACUACCGGUUGACGUACAAAAUGCAUUGCCUUCUAUACAACUUGCAGAUAGUAGCCUUUAUAGUUACUGUCUCGUUAAGAAUAUUUUUUUUCUUAUGCCGAAACGAUAAUUUUUUGAUCAUUUUUACGUUGAUAUUGAAAAAAAAAACUGCCUACUUGUCAUUACGUAUUUUCGUACAGAUAUGUUUUUGUAAACAUAAGACGUGUACUCGGUUGAUGAAAAAUGUAAAUAGUAGGUAUAAAACGUUUAUUUAUUGUACAAAUUUUAUGAUGAGAUUUUAGUUACUGAAAAUUAUCCUUCCAUUUAUUAUGUUUAAUUCUUCGUCUAAUGGAAGAAAAGUGAUUAUUCCUAUUAUGUAAGAGAAAUUAUUUCUGUCAUUAAUAAUAGUAUACUAUGAAGUAAUAAGAAAUUCUUGGAAAGAAUUGUCACUAUUUUUAUUUGAACAAUGUCUUUUCAAUAAAGUAAGAAUUGUGACGAUAUAUACUUUUAAUAUGUCAAUAUAUUUGGUAUGCUCUUGAAGUUCAAUGCAAAUAUUUUAUAUAAAUUAACAUAACCGUCAAUUCUGAGGCUAACCAAGGUAAAGGUUGCUGCUUUUAUAUAUUUCUUAGCGUAAGAUUAAUUAAUUUUAUACGUAUUUCAAUAUUGUGCAAAACAGCCGCGAGAUGUGUCUCAAUAGGAUCCGUCACGUUUGGAUUGAACAAUGAUUUCCGCGUUUUAUGUAAACGUUAAAUAUAGUGAUAGAUGUGUCUUUUUGUACGCCGUAAGAGAGAAUCUUAGCAGAGGAAGCAAUAUAGCUCCCCUAAAAACAUCACAUGUAUCACAUAUUACUAAAUUUAUUCCAUGCCUCUAUUCAUGCCUAUUGAUAGACAGUAGAAGUUUACAUAAUGGAAAUUAAAUAUUCUGUACACUAGCAUACAAGUUUUUGUUCCAAGUUCGGUUGCACCAACAAUGCAAGCUUGUUAUUCUGUCUCUAAAGAUAAUUAUCUUCCAUAUUAUGCAAAUUCAAAAAUUUAUUUCCUUUUUAUACGCCUCUAUAUAAGGCUCUUAUACUAAAAGAAAGCCUGUAGGUACAAAAUUUAAUUAGCGCUAAUUGAGAUUGGUGCAACUGUAGCUGAGAUUUCAUAGAUUUCAUGAAUAUUGAAAAAUUCUAGCUAUAGAUUCAAGGUUUAAAAUUUAGUACAUUUUCGGCAAAGUUUUGAGAUAACUCAGGGCCAAAUAUUUCACAAUAUACUUUUUAUAAUGAAGAGGCAAACUCUGCAGUAGCAUAAAACUAAAUUAUUAUUAUUAUACAUUGGGGAAGCGAGGGCUGAAGUAACUGCAAUUGGAACUUCGAAUAAAAAAGAUAUAAUGAA